AGCUGUUCGCUAUCGAUAGUCAGCUGAUGACCCACCCACGGAAACCUGCAGCAAAAGUCUAAAAAGUAAACUAACCAUCUGCUUUAUUCAUUAUUUGUGCGUUUUAUGCACCUACCCGCCUAUAUCGUGCCGGUAGACUAUUCAUAAUUGGACACCAGCGAAAUCUGAGCAAGAACAGUACAAUGAGCUACGAUGACGAUGACUAUCCGGCGGACACGUUCCCCAAGGACUUUGGCUACAGAGCGUACAACCAGGAUGGUCUUGAAAUGGAGCCGAAUGCCACAGGCAGCAGCGAGACCAAGCCCAGGAUCUUGCUGAUGGGACUGCGCAGAUCGGGCAAGAGUUCCAUCCAAAAGGUGGUCUUCCACAAGAUGUCGCCGAACGAAACACUCUUUCUGGAGUCCACUAGCAAGAUCGUCAAGGACGACAUAAACAAUUCCAGCUUUGUGCAGUUUCAGAUAUGGGAUUUUCCGGGUCAGAUUGACUUUAUCGAGCCGACCUUUGACUCUGACAUGAUCUUUGGUGGCUGCGGAGCGCUGGUUUUUGUUAUAGAUGCGAAGGAUGAUUAUAAUGAAGCUCUGACCAAGUUCAAAAAUACAGUGAUAAAAGCGUACAAGGUAAACCAGCGCAUCAAGUUUGAAGUGUUUAUCCAUAAGGUUGAUGGAAUCAGCGACGACUCUAAAAUGGAAUCGCAGCGCGACAUUCAUCAGAGGACGUCGGACGACCUCAGCGAGGCAGGCCUCAACCAGAUCCACCUGAGUUUUCACCUCACCUCCAUAUAUGACCACUCGAUCUUCGAGGCAUUCUCCAAAGUGGUGCAGAAACUCAUUCCCCAGCUGCCCACGCUUGAGAACCUCCUAAACAUUUUUAUACCAAACUCUGGUAUAGAAAAGGCUUUCUUGUUUGAUGUUGUCUCCAAGAUUUACAUAGCCACAGACUCCUCGCCGGUGGAUAUGCAGACCUACGAGCUGUGCUGCGACAUGAUUGACGUAGUCAUCGAUCUGUCCAGCAUAUAUAGCUCUGAGGAAACCGCAUUCGACAGCGGCAGUUCUAGUCUCAUAAAGCUGAACAACAACACGAUACUAUACUUGCGAGAGGUGAAUAAGUUUCUGGCAUUGGUCUGUAUCCUGCGAGAGGAGAACUUUAACCGUCAGGGCGUGAUCGACUACAACUUUAUCUGCUUCCGUGAUGCCAUUAGCAAGGUAUUCGAGUUGCGGCUCAAGCGCCAGAAGCAGCUCGAGAAUAUUGAUCAGGACGACGAUGAUCUUGUGGAGGAUCACACCCUGGUUGGCCAUGUCACCGAUCCAUCUGUGAUGUCGCGGGCGCGGCCGAUUGAUUAGGCGCGCUCCAUUGCUAGGCGGGCCACGUUUAUUUCUCUAUGCUAACUUCUCUGUGGACACAUUGAUUCCGAUUUCUAUGUUUUCUUCCGUUAUAUCUGCUGUUAAUUUUUGUCUACUGAUAUGUUAAGUCGCUCCCCAUGCAGAGCAGCGUGAGCAAGUUGCCCAGCGGUUGAAAUUAAUGAUAAUAAUACCAAUAAAUAUGUCUAUUUUUAAUAAACGAAAAACGUA